GAGAAUGCGUUGCCUGUGGCAGAGUCCACCAAGACCGUGGUAUCCGAAACCUCGUCUGGGAUCGUGAAAAGCAGAAAUGGUAAAUAUCCUCAUUCUCUUGGCUUGAACUGGUUUGCUGACGGAGAGGCUUCACUUGCAGCUACAUUGUUGACUGGGAGGAGUGGAGUGAAGCUACCGAUGAAGAUGUUUGGCGCGAUACCCAGUACAUCGCGUGGAACCUGGCGUGGGUUCGAAGUCAUAAUUACAACGAUAUGUCAACAUGGACUCUGUGAUCGAUGUGAAGGAUAUGGUAUCAAUUUUGCUUUUUCUCUCUGUUGUCGAGGAAUCUGGGAUGAAACUAAAGCCUUCCUUAACGACUGUAUUGUCACGUGGAAUAAAGGUUUAUGGCCAAGCCGAAAUCACGCCCGGGCGGACAGCAAAGCCCGAGAGAUCAGUGGGGUUGGCUUACAUUAG